GACGGACGAUCUCGCUCUCAUCAUGUCGCCAUUCCCCGUAUACUAGGUACUGCUGCAGGUUCUUUAAUAUAGGGCAAAUAUCAUAUGCGCUCAAAAAUCAAUCGACAGGAGAUCUCUGUAGCGAAGGCAUUGCGAGUGUCCGCGGCCCGAUUACAUGCCGUUGCCGAUUUCCCAUGUUGCACUGCUCGCGACCUUUCUAAUUAAUAUUUACAUAUGUCGAUUCUCCUGAACAGUGCAGCUCAGACGAUAGCGCUAGCCCGCUCUGGAACUCUACUCUAGACCCGGACGAGGUGUGUGUUGUGCCCCAUCGGACGAGAUAUCGUCCUCGAUGAUGUUUUGGGGCUAGAUUCCGUUAGACAGGGUGAAAUAUCUGUCGUCAUUGAUACUAAACAGUCGGAUUUUCUGUCCAGUCGCUUCGUUGGCCUAGCGAGCUCAUCAAAAUGGCGGAUUUGGAAGCAGUUCUGGCCGAUGUUAGCUAUCUCAUGGCGAUGGAGAAGAGCAAGUCGACUCCUGCAGCCAGAGCAAGCAAGAAGAUUGUUCUUCCAGAGCCAAGCGUUCGGAGCGUCAUGCAUAAGCAUCUCACCAAAAUGAAUGAAGUCACAUUUGACAAAAUAUUCAACCAAAAAUUAGGAUUCUUGCUAUUCAAGGAUUUCUGCAACAAUAUGUGUGAAGACCCAGUUCCCCAGCUCAAGUUUUAUGAAGAGAUAAAAAGGUUUGAAAAAUUAGAAACGGAUGAAGAAAGGAUCAAAACCGGCAAAGAGAUCUAUGACCAGUUUAUUAUGAAGGAGCUCUUAUCACAGUCACAUACAUAUUCCAAGGAAGCUGUUGAACAUGUUCAGGAAAUGCUCACACAAGCCCAAAAAACAAGGACAUUAGCGUCAAAUAUUUUUGAGCCAUACAUAGAUGAAAUAUGUAAUUCAUUACGGGGUCAUAUAUUUCAAAAUUUUUUAGAGAGUGAUAAAUACACAAGGUUUUGCCAGUGGAAAAAUUUAGAAUUAAAUAUUAAUUUAACAAUGAAUGACUUCAGUGUACAUAGGAUAAUCGGCAGAGGGGGAUUUGGCGAGGUUUACGGGUGCAGAAAAGCAGAUACAGGCAAAAUGUAUGCAAUGAAAUGCCUGGACAAGAAGAGAAUUAAAAUGAAGGGAGGAGAGACAUUAGCUCUGAAUGAAAGGAUAAUGUUGUCAUUAGUCAGUACAGGGGAUGGAAGUCCCUUCAUUGUGUGUAUGACAUAUGCAUUUCAAACACCGGAGAAGUUGUGCUUCAUCCUGGAUUUGAUGAAUGGAGGGGACUUGCAUUACCAUCUGUCCCAACAUGGCGUCUUCACAGAGAAGGAAGUGCGCUUCUACGCCACAGAGGUCAUCCUCGGCCUGGAACACAUGCACAGUCGCUUUGUGGUGUAUCGAGAUCUCAAGCCGGCAAACAUACUCCUUGACGAAAAUGGACAUGUACGAAUCUCAGAUCUCGGGUUGGCGUGUGAUUUCUCCAAGAAAAAGCCACACGCCAGUGUUGGUACACACGGGUACAUGGCUCCUGAGGUGUUGCACAAGGGAACUGCAUAUGAUUCCAGCGCUGACUGGUUCUCCUUCGGCUGCAUGCUCUACAAGUUACUCAAAGGACACAGCCCCUUCAGACAACACAAGACCAAAGACAAGCAUGAGAUUGACCGUAUGACAAUGACCAUGAAUGUGGAGCUCCCUGACUCCAUGUCCCCAGAGAUGAAGAGCGUGCUCGAGGGCUUGCUGAAGCGAGAUGUUGAAGAGAGACUUGGAUGUCGAGGACGUGGGGCUCAAGAGGUGAAGGAACAUCCAUUCUUCAAGGGAAUUGACUGGACCCAGGUGUAUCUGCAGAAGUACCCACCACCUCUCAUACCCCCUAAAGGGGAGGUCAACGCUGCAGACGCAUUUGACAUUGGAUCCUUUGAUGAAGAGGACACUAAAGGCAUCAAGCUGACUGAAGCUGACCAGGGCCUGUACCAGAAUUUCCCGUUGGUCGUAUCCGAGCGCUGGCAACAGGAAGUGGCAGAGACUGUGUUUGACGCCAUCAAUGGGGACACAGACAAGAUUGAGCAGAAGAGGAAACAGAAACCUAAGAUUGAUGACAUUGAUGCCGGCCCGACAGACUGUAUCGUGGAGGGUGAGGUUCUCAAAUUGGGAGGUCCGUUCCUGCAGACUUGGCAGAAGAAACACCUGAAGCUCUACCCCAACAGACUUGAGUUCUACCACAAAAAUCGUGACAGUCAAGUGGUCCGUAGCAAAGGAGUAGAGCUCGUGUCCAUGUUUGACAUCAAGGAGGUGUAUCCUGACUUUCAGAAACUGAACAAAACUGAGAACUGUAUUGUGAUGCAGUUGAAGAAUGACCAGAAGAUCAUAAUUACCUCACCAGACCGUGUGCUGAUUACCCAGUGGAAGGAUGAGAUCAUCACUGCAUACAAGACGUCUGCUCAAAUCAUGGCCACGAUGAACAAGAAGGCAAGCAAGCUGUAUGGCUCGGAUCUUGUAAACAGCCCAAGUAAUGAGAACUUACGCACGCCACUUGAACAUCGGAACAGCAACGGAAGCUAGAGGGAGGUGGCCCUAACAGUUUCGCAAUCAUACUGAUUUUAGUAGCAGUUUUUACAUCCUGGUACUUCAGUGACAUGUAGAUGAGGCAUUAUGGGAUAUAUUUCAUCAUGUGACUUGAGAUAUUUCAUUAUACAUUGUAGACCAUCUGGCAUAAUGUCAUCAAAUGGACAGUCAGUUCUUGAAUGUGUGGAACAUUCUUUCGGCAGGAGUCUGCUUGGAGAGAGAGACUGUUGUUUUCUUUGUCUCAUCAACCAGUUGUUCAUAUAUUGCAGACAGGCGAUAUGGACAUGUUAUUCCCUGCUGUAUGAAAUCCCAGGAUAUAUGGGAGGUCAAGGUCGCAUGGAUGGCCUUUGACCUUCUUAAGCAUCUGUGGUACUGACCUGUGACAAAAAGUGGUAAUGUCAUUCGAAAUAGUUGGAGUAUCCAGAAAAUGAGAUAGGAAGUCUAUGUGGAUAUACAGAAGAGCAGACAUUUCUUGUGUUCUGUAUGGGAACAGACACGUGUUACUGGAUACAGUACAAGAGGAACACCACAACAGCGUUACAAAAAUAACCCUCACCAACAAACACAGAUGUACCAAUGGAUAGACACGAAGACAAAUCUGAUUAUUUCCAAUCAUGUCAUAAUAUCUGUAGUAAUCAUCACUUAGGAUUGUUCACACGUAUGUUAUCCUGUACCUGUUGACAUAGCUACCUGUGUACUAUGUCAAAGUGUGAGGUCAAGGUCAUAUGUGUCAAGGUUAAGAUCGGAUGAAGUGCAUAUGUAGGAAUAAUCAUACAUAUGAAUAUCAAAUGUUGAGGCAAGUAGCAACCCUCCCUUUCUGUCGAUGUAUGUAUGGACAUAUGUACAAGAUAAUCUGUAGGAGGAUGAGGUGUCCUCUCUCUCUCCCAGUGUAUACCUAUACCAAACUUGUCUUCAUUCAGAGGGUCCCUCUUCAUUUGUUAUGCGUAUGUAUCACGGUUACCACUGUGUACAGGCAGAUGUUGAGAAGGGAACUCCCUUCCUGUCAUGUGCCGUGCGUUGCCCUCGACUCCCAAUCCUUCAUAAGUAAGCCUACAUGGGAUGCAUUCUAAGUCUUUCACAACUUCCCAACUUGUAGCGUACGUACGUUAUCCGUCUUGUGACCGUCUUUUGAGCUGUGUUCUAAAUGUUUACGCCAGUGACGACGUCAUGGCUAGUCAUCUUGAUAUGUGUUCAAAUGUACACAAUAAGAUUACGUUUUCAUAUUUUACCGUGGUGAUUCUAGUGAUAUAUGAUGUUUAGGAUUUCUUAAGAGUAUUACAGCUUAUUGUUACAUGUUGUUCUGGAUGGGGCUGGACCCACUUUACUCUAUGACAAUUUCACUCUGUCCUCUUUGUGCACAAUAUGGUUGGUACACUUGAGUUAUCUCCCCUUAUUCUAGUGUAAUGUCUGCCUGCUUGGUGCUGUUUUGAAAUGCAACUUUUUUUCAUUUACAUCAACAAGGGAUGAUUCAUUUGGGAACACGUUGAAUUUUAGAAAUUGGAUCUCUUACAUCUUAUUACUUUUUCAAGUUGGCAUGCUCUGUUAACUUGAGUCAUUUUAAUGAUACUUUUCAAUUGUUGUGCUUUGUACAUAACAAUGUCUGACCACGUGGAUAAUAAUGUUACUUUUCAUAUAUCUUUUGAACACAUAGCCUAAUACUGGUAUUUCAUUUCUCAUAUUUUGGUUGAUGGUUAAAGUGAAAGACUCAUUGUUGCUACAGUAUCCAAGCCCCCUUACCAGGUGCACUGUAUAGACCGGACAAUACGUCAUCACACUGUAGUAAAUUUGUUCAUUCACCUAACACUUCGCCACUGUCAGUAGAAACAUCUGUGAGGAUGUUGUGGAUAUACAAUUAAUGUUUCCUGAUGACGUUAAGAAGCAAAGGCUCAUACCAUUGUGCAGGUGCUUUGUGUUGAGUUCAUGUACUCUGAACCAAUGCUUGCUUAUGAUAAUUUAGAGGAAAGAUUGAAUGCUGAUAACCUUAUUCCAUGGUGUUUGCUUUUUGGUGAUUUCUUCAGCAGAUGCUUGUUUUGGAAUUGCUUUGGCUGAGGCUUGUUGGAGAUUUCUUCUGCAGGCUCCUGUUAAAGAAUUCCUUUUGCAGGUGCUUAUUGGGAUUCCUGUGUGGGCUUCUUGUUAGGGAUUCCUUUUGCAGGUGCUUGUUUGGGAUUCUUUUGUCAGGUGUAUUUUGGAGUAUUACUUUGACUGAUGCUUAUUUGGGAUUCCCCAGGCAAGUGCUUGUGAGGGAUUCCUUUGGCAAAUGCUUAUUUGAGAUUCAUUCUGAUUCCUGAAAAAGCUCCAAACCACUUAGAGAGGCAACUUAACACAUCUUACAGUAUAGUUUGAGUCUUGCUUAUGAUACUAUAGUACCCAACAAACAAGAACAGGGUUAUAUAGUCAAGUUUAUAUUACCUUGUGAAACAAUGCUAUUUGAUACAUACUAUUGUUUCCAUAGAUCUGUAUCAACCCAAUUCUGCCAUACAGAUUUUGAUAACAUAUCCAGCACUUACUGAAUCCUCCUCCUUUAGAUAUGCACACAGGUAUUGUUAGGAUGUGAAUCUGCAAAAACCAAAGAAUAGAGACAUUGUUCACUUUGAUUAGUUGUACAAAGACAAGCAAGUCUGCUGGCAGAUAAUGUCUGUACAGAAGUAUAAAGGAUGAAAACCUUUUCAUUAAUGAAUUAACAUCCUAUCAACUAGCACACAUGCUUCAGAUGCAGGUUUCAACAGAAUGAGUGGUCAGUCAUUGUACACUCAAUAAGUUCAAAAUAGAACUGGCUUGUUAUACACCCACUGUGAAUUUAGUAGCAAUAUGACCAUUUAUGGCUGUAAAUGCAGUAUAGGAAAGAUUUAUACAACCAGACAAGGCUGGAAGAAAGGGCUGGACAUUUUAUGAUGAAUUGCAGAGCACACAAGUUUUCUCAUUAAGGAUUGAUUUAGCUGUGGGAAAAUCACAUAUUAACAAACAGCAGCUUGAGGAGUAUUUAAAAGGGGAAGAAAGCAAUCUUUUUGGUUUUGCAAGGAUUUUUUCCAGUCACUGUUACAAAACAGCAUAGUUCAAGGAGCCAAACAAUUUUUUAAAAUUUCACAGCACCCACCAUGUCAACAAUGUGGCAGAUACUUGGGGGGGGGUAAAACUUUUAUUUUCAUUCUUGUUUUUCUUCAACAAUAUUCCACCAAGUGUGAAUGUAAAGUUUAUCAAGUACACAUGAGGAACAUAACAGCGGAAUAUUCUUACUAAGGUAAUAUAUUGUUGUGGGACACUGUAAAUGGUCAAUCACAUUUCAGGAUAAUAUGUAUGUGAUGUAGGCUGGUGUCAGUUUCAAAAUAUUUCCUUAAUAUCUGCACAUCAUGUUUCCUUGUACACCCGACACCUGUUCUGAGGUCUGUGACAAUGUUUGCCUCUCUACUUGUAGACAUGACAAGUCUAUUGCUGGGCUAUUGGUGACCAAAGGUUGAUUACAUCUCUGUAAUUAUACCUUAGAGUUUGACCGGGUGAGCCAGAUUCAGAACAAGAAGAAUUCAAGAUGGUGUUCUAAAAUUGUAAAAAAUGUUUGCAAGGCAUAAAUAUGCUGCCUGAGCAAGUCUGCAGAAUAUGUUGUAUUGCCAGGUUUAAUGUUGGUGAAUGGUCGAUUCCUUAGUAAAUUAAAUUUUGGUUUCGUGAUUGACUCCAAGUACUUGUGAAGUACCAAUAUUGA